ACGCGGCUGCGCGGGGGGCCGGGACCGAAGUGGAGGGCGGGUGACUUCGGGGCGCCCGCGGGGCCGCGAGAGGCGUGGCCGGGAAGCGCGGCCCGGGACCGGGCGGGACAGACGCGGAUGCGCCCCCGUGGGCGCUUUGAAGCGCGUCCUCCAUUUCCUUCCUUGCCUCUCUCCCGCCCUCCCGUCCCGCGUCCGCGAAGGGUGGGGAGCCAGCCCUUCCUCGGGAGCAGCACCUGGGGCUGGGACCGAGCGAGCGCGGUCGCCCUCUGAUCCCCGCGUCUCCUUGGACUUCCCCAAAUCUGGGAGGAGAGCUCCCUCCUUCUCGGGGAUUGCGGGCCACAGUCACCCCGAAAGUGAUAAAAAGGACAGUGCAGGAAGCACACCAGUCUCUGCUGGCGUCGCAGGCCGAAACGGUUGGUUGUUUCCCACCUGUGGUCCCUGAGAUCCACUGAGAUCCUGGUCUUCCUGCAGAUCCUGAGCAUCUGGAGCGGACCCUGAGCCUCGGCAUUGGCUGCUGCCCUCCCCACUUGGAGAGAUGUCUGUCACUUACGACGAUUCCACUGGAGUAGAAGUGUGCAGCGACAGCUUCUGGGAGGUUGGGAACUAUAAGCGGACCGUGAAGAGGAUCGACGAUGGCCACCGCCUGUGCAGCGACCUCAUGAACUGCCUGCAUGAGCGCGCGCGCAUCGAGAAGUCCUACGCACUGCAGCUCACUGAGUGGGCCCGGCGCUGGCGGCAACUCGUGGAGAAGGGGCCACAGUAUGGGACUGUGGAGAAGGCCUGGGUGUCCUUCAUGUCCGAGGCAGAAGGGGUCAGCGAGCUACACCUGGACGUGAAGGCCUUGCUCAUGAACGAGGACUUUGAGAAGAUUAAGAACUGGCAGAAAGAAGCCUUUCACAAGCAGAUGAUGGGAGGCUUCAAGGAGACCAAGGAAGCCGAGGACAGCUUCCGAAAAGCGCAGAAACCCUGGGCCAAGAAGCUGAAAGAGGUAGAAACAUCGAAGAAAGCCUACCAUGCAGCUUGCAAAGAGGAGAAGCUGGCCAUCUCCCGAGAAGCCAAUAGCAAGUCAGACCCCUCGCUCAACCCAGAGCAGCUCAAGAAGCUGCAAGACAAAAUAGAGAAAUGCAAGCAAGAUGUCCUGAAGAGCAAGGACAAGUACGAGAAGGCCCUGAAGGAGCUGGACCAGGCCACACCGCAGUACAUGGAGAACAUGGAGCAGGUGUUCGAGCAGUGCCAGCAGAUGGAGGAGAAGCGGCUGCGCUUCUUCCGGGAGGUCCUCCUGGAGGUCCAGAAGCACCUGGACCUGUCAAACUCGGCCAGCUACAAAACCAUUUACCGUGACUUGGAACAGAGCAUCAAAGCAGCUGACGCAGUGGAGGACCUGCGGUGGUUCCGAGCCAAUCACGGGCCGGGCAUGGCCAUGAACUGGCCGCAGUUCGAGGAGUGGUCCGCAGAUCUGAAUCGAACUCUCAGCCGGAGGGAGAAGAAGAAGGCUGCCGACGGAGUGACCCUGACAGGCAUCAGUCAGAUGGGGGACCAGGCCGUUCUGAACAAGGCCGGCAGCCACCUUAGUGUCCCGGGCAACCCCAUCCAGCCUGCCCAGUCACAGUCCAGCUACAACCCCUUCGAAGACGAGGAUGACACGGGCAGCACCGUCAGCGAGAAGGAGGACAUUAGGACCAAAAAUGUGAGCAGCUUCGAGAAGACUCAGAGCUACCCGGCUGACUGGUCCGAUGAGGAGUCCAGCAACCCCUUCUCCACGGAUGCCAAUGGCGACUCCAACCCGUUCGAUGAGGAUGCCACCUCGGGCACAGGAGUGCGUGUCCGGGCCCUGUACGACUACGAGGGACAGGAGCAUGACGAGCUGAGCUUCAAGGCCGGCGAUGAGCUGACCAAAAUAGAGGAUGAGGAUGAACAGGGCUGGUGCAAAGGACGCUUGGACAGUGGGCAGGUCGGCUUGUACCCUGCCAACUACGUGGAGGCCAUCCAGUGAUGGGCCAUGGCAGGCCAGCCCCCGAGCAGCGGUCCCUGCAGCCUGGGGGCAGGCGCCCCACCUGCUCACCACGCCAGCCCCCUUGAGCUUGCUUCCUGGUGUGCUUGGAAGGCAGAGGAGCUGGUCGUAGCUCCUGGAAACUCAGCCCCUUUCCAAGUGCACCCGGGGCUCCACACUGGAGGGCAGCGUGGAGGGUGAGCCAGCACUGCCCACCUGGCAGCACAGUCCAAGGCUCCUCAACCUCACCUUCUGCAGCUCUGCAGGUGGGGCUCGUUCUUCCUCCACAGACUGUCCUCUCACCAGCCUGCUGCCCGCUAGCUCAGUAGACAGACCUUACGCCCUUUACCAAGUGAAGAUUCUGAAGGUUUUAAUUUAAAAACUGUCCAGUUACACUUCUCAUGUGUGGGCUCCAGAGGGCACUGAACCAGCCUCCAGGACACAAGGGCUCCGGGCGUGGGGACAGGUGACACCCACAGCCAGAGGCUGUGAGCAGCGUGAGGCGCACCACAGAGGGGUUUCGAUGAUGCACAAGGCCAGCGGAGGAAACCUCACACCGCACUCCUGUAGCUGCCGACCGAUCGCCAGAUGAGUCUCACUCGCUUUCUGCACAGAGCUCAUCUGCCCACACAUUCACUGGUAUCAGUGAUUUGGGAGAUGAAGUGAGGCCGGCUUGCCAGCAGGGGCUCCUGGGACCCAGAUGCUCUGCAGGGCUCAUGUGCCCUGUGCAUACCUGUAUAUGUCACUUGCUGUUCACAGAAUCUGAGUGUGAGGCCUGGGGCCUCGCACUGUGGAGAGCUGUAAAACGCUGUCUGCGCGGUUACCGCGGGCUUCGUCACUCCUCAUGAGUGGGUGGCAGGAAGGGCCUUCAUUGCAUUAGCGGGGACAGCAGUGUCCUCCACCACUGUCGCAGCUGCUGUGCUGUUUGCUGUCUGCAGGUAGCUCCCUGGGCCCGAGUCAGGGACUGUUGUGAAAAUCCCAGCAGCAGCCCCCAUCCUGCGGUGCAGAUCCACCAGCAGCUGUCACGUCUUUUAAGUUAAUAAUAGCUCCUUUCAGUGUAUGGCAUCUUCAAGCAAAAUCAAUAAACAGUCGAUCUCAGGUGUGCGGAAGGCCCUUGCCGAGUGUCUGCCGGGGAGACCCGUCAUUCUGAGUCACCCCCUUGUAUCUGAGCAGGGCUAGGGCCCCUGAACCCAUUGUUUGACCUGGUCUCCCACGGACAGGGACUCCUGGGUGACAUUUCCCCCACCAGCCCCAGCAGCAGAAUAUGACCUGCAACCCCGGCCCUGUGGUCCUCCCGGAACAUAUUUCCCCGAGUACUUGCUGGGCCUUGAGCUCCGCUCUGCUUGUGUUACAGGCAGAGCACUCCUCUCUAGGUGUCCUGUGCGCAGGCCGGCUCCCUUUUCCGUUUCCGUUCCUUCAGAGGAGCCAGGUCUCCUAAAGCCGUGUAACCCUGGAGAACUCGGCAGCCCUAGGUGCCUAGGCAGUUCGGACAGGGCAGGGACAGGUGACAGCUGCCAUGAGCACAGAGCAUUCCUGGGGGCCUACAGGAGUGAGGUGCACAGCCACCCCGCUGCAUCUGCCCACACUCAGGGCAGAGCAGGCUUCUCGACCAUCUAGCCACCUGCUGUGAGAAUGGCAGAGACCAUCAGCAGACAACUAGCUGCCCAGCGUAGACAGCAGCUUCUGUCUGCCCCAGCCUUGGGCUGCAGAGGGAGGCCCCUGCAGGUGCCGUUUAAGCACCUACUGUGUGCCAGACUCUGGUGCUGGGACAGAGAUGAAGAGACACUUUCCCUUGGGGAGCUGCCACACGCUCAGAGAGGGACCUGUCAUUCUGACACCAGAGGGCCAGGAGAGCCUGGAGGGCUGUUGGCUGCGCUUGGUGGGUUCUGGGACAUUGUACCCACCCUAUGUGUCCCGGAGCCAUCUCCCUACUUCCAGAGCAGUGCAUGCCCUGUCCUCACAGGAGGAGGCCUGGCCGCCUCGGCUUGGGCCUCAGCCCUAGCAGGUGUCUGAACCACUGGCGGACGGCCAAGGCAGUGGCCAGCUGUCCAGAAGCCCAGAGACCCAGCCAGCGGCCACCCUGGCCCACAGGUACCCCAGGCUCCUCCCCAUUUCUGCAUCCAAGCCUGCUCCAGGCUGCCUCCCUCUGCUCCCCAGACCCACAAUGGCCUCUGCCUCAUCAAGGAGGUUCAGUGUGUGCCCUCCCUGCAUCUCUGGACACUGCAGGAGCCCUGUGCCUAUCCCUGAGCAUGGUGCCCCUGUGAACGGGCACUGACCUUGGGUCUGGCUUCUGGGAGGAAGCAGCAGCAGUGUCCUGGGGCACCGAGGAGAGCAGCACAGUGCUGUGCCCAGGAGGAAGCAGGUGAGCUGGAGUGACCUGGCCUGCAGAUGAAGUGUCAGGCUCGUUCCCAGCAGGAGUGGCCAUCUCCUAGCAUGGGGGUCAAGGGUCACCACUGUGCUAGAGACCCAUGUCGGAAUCACCACCCUAAUGGCGAUGACACGUAGCAGCUGGGGCCUUCGGACUGUGCUUACGUCAGGAGGGAGAGGCCCGCACAGCCGGGAUUAAUGCCAUUCUCGGAGGAGAGCCCUCACUGGUCUCCUUCGUGGGGGGAAGCAGCUAAAAAGUGCCUUCUCAGAAAGCAGCAGUCAGCUGUGAAUGCUGCCUGCUCUGUGUUCUUGGACCUCCAGCCUCCAGGGCUCUGACAAAUGUCUGUUGAAAGAAACUAAAUGUAAAAAAAUAAAAGUGAAAUUUUGUCGCGUCUGA